CUCCCUCUCUCCCUUUCGAAUUCAUUAAUUGUUUUCGUCCGCUUUCCAACCCUCUUCCCUCGCCUGCUCUUUGUUUUAUUUUCUUAGCAUUUGUUCGCCUGCGCUGCCGAUCUGUCAGCUCCGUCGCUGCAUUUGCUAUCAGGACAGCAACAUCAAACGAUCAUCGCUAUAAGAAUCCCUCGGGGCAUCUGAUCAGCGAGUUUUCUUUCGUUCGCGUAGUUUUAUCAGCAAUGGGCGUGCGGUUGCAUCAACAAUGUUUUCUGGUCGUCGUUUUUGCUGCUCUUUGCUUCGCCAACAAAAAUGAGACGGAGGUGGGCUUCAUAAAAUCCAAGGAAGUCGAAAAUCUGACCAUUUUUGACGUUUACAUAAUUCGGCCAAAAAAGUUGUCGAAUUUAUGCGGAUCUCAACUAGCGAAUUUGGCGCUGGUCAAUUCGGGGAAAAACGCAGCCCUUUUUGAGAAGACGAUUUUAGCUUGCACCAAAAAGCGCCAGCAAAAUGAAUUCCUAAAAUCGUUGCAGGGAAACAGGGACCUGCCAGAGAUGGUACAGGACGUUUUGGCACAUGCAUUGUCGGUUUGGUACCCUGACCAUGAAAAUCAAUGGAAGUAUGAGAUGUUCCGCAAAGUGCUCGACAUCGGCAGUCCCGUACUGGCAUAUUUGCCGCGAUCCUUCCUGUUUUCCAUGGAAAUGAAACAAAAGCAAAAGUUUUUAUUUCACCUAGAGGGUUGGACUUGGCCAACCUCCAGGUCUGAAGAGUGGGCAAGGAAACGCGCUUCUGUUAAAAGAUUAUGGGUUGCUAUGCUGCAUUCUGCUGAUCCGACUCCUCUGAACCAGUUUGACGCUCAUAGAUUGCAAUUCAUCGAAUUCAUCUUGACAGGGAGCACGCCGAACGAGAUGGAAAAAAUCAAACUGAAGACAGCCUAUUUGCAAAGUAGUAUUUUAAAUUUACCACUGGAUCCUCUGCAGGCAAGAGCAGUAUUUUCUUCGUCUUUCCGCAACGAAUUUUCUGCAAUGCCAUCAGUACAGUUUACGCAAAAAAUUUUGCCAAAAUUGACACCUACACAAAUCGUUUCUCUUGAGAAAAAUUCUAACAGUGAAAUUGUGACAAACAAUUUAACAAUAGGAAAAGAUGUCUCGUGGGCCUCAGCUGCACAGCUGGCCUAUCUGCUGGUGGAGAAGGCCAACAGAGAUUUUGGCCACUUGAGUGUGCACACUGUGAGCACUCUUGGAAAAUGGAUUUACGCUGUGCCCAGCUCCAAUUUGCGUGGACUCGCUCGAGAAAUCGAAAGCUUACCACGGGAUGAAGAAAAUUCACUGUUGACUUCAAUAGAUUCGUGCGAAUUGGACGGCCGCCAAGCUAGAAUAUUGGCAUCGUCGCUAACUUUGGAAAACGCUCUUGAUCUACACGACAACUUGUUGCUAGCUCUUUCAACUGCGAGAAUCACGGAGGCAGGUGUUUUGCCGCAAAACACUUGCGCCCACUUGUUGUCCAAUCUUCCUGCAGACAGCGCACUGCUCUACACAAUUUACAAUCGAGUUCAUCAUCAAAUUGGUCAGAAGUGGGUAAUGGAAUCGAUGCUGGAUGGAGAGCAGGGACCGGAGAGAUUUGCUUUAUUUAUCUCGUUUGCUGACGUGCGACCCAUCGCCUGGCAGUUGGCCGAGUUGAUCAAGGCGAGCAAGCACGACAGUGGCUGGCCUGCAAAUUUUCUUCAAAUGGUGGCGCAUCGCAUUCGUGCCAAUUCCACGCUGGCCGAUUGGACGACUUACUUGAUGUCCAACCCCAAAUUGAUGAUGGGGCUGACGUGCGAUGAUUUGGCAGAUCUGGGACCAAACUAUGGCGUUCCCAUUAUGACGGUCCUCGGCCAGCAUGUGCAGAGCACCAAGCAAAAAUAUCCUGAAAAUCUGAAAAAUUGCGCUCUUCUGCCAAUGUUGUCUUAUCUCAAAUAUCGAACGGAAAUUCUGAAUGGGAAAAAUGAAAAUUUAUUGGAUACUCUGUACAAGGCUGAAAUCAUGUCCGUAGGAGGUAUCCCAUUUGCUCAACUACACCCUCUGGCGAUACAGAAGACAAAAAAUUGGGCUCCAAUAGUUGAGGCCAUUGGUAGCUUAUCUGUGAUCGAGCUGCUAGAAGUCUUUAUUGCACCUGGCUCUAUUUCCAGGCUACUGCUCUCGCAAAUUGCUCUUCUGCUGGAGGGCGAUCAAAAGCUGGCCCUUUCGACGCUUGAUUGCGUCGGAAACCUUUUCCAGUUCCUCCCUUUCACUGAUGCCAAACAAAGAAAUUUUGCUCCUCGGGCCUUCGAAUUGUGGCUCGAGGCAAGAGACAGGAGAACAGACACUGCGCUUUGCGUGAGCUCCACUUUAAGAUCUUCUUUUUGGUACAGGAUAAUAGUUUCUACAUAUGGCUCUCUAUCUGAAUGGUCAGCCGGAACCGUUGCCAUGCUAGGUGGUCUCCUUAUUGCGGUUCCAGCGUCAAAGCUAACGCACAUCAACCCAGUAGCGAUUGAGACUGUUGCGGACCAACUUGAUGCCAAUUUAGGAUACACUCCUGACUUUAUCAAGCUGUGCGAAAGAUACCUCGGCACGGAGGAAGCGGCAAGCUUCAAAAUUGCCGUAAAUUCUCUAUUGGAAUUUACUCUCAAGGCAUCCAAUGAACUAGCGGCCAAGGUGUUGACCAACGUGGGAAAGAAGAAAUUGAGAGAUGAAUCUCACGAAAGGGCUCAUUCAAAUGUUGCAUCAACUAAAAAAUCGAUCUCAUUUCAUCCAAAAGAAAAAAGAGAGCUAAACAUUUCUGCAAUUAGUCAGGCAUCUAGAAUUUUCAACCAUCCAAUGUUCAAAUUUGCACGAGCAAAAUACGGCCCAAAUAGUUCUAUUCAAAGAGAGGUAUUGCAAGAUAAAAUUAAAAACAAAGUAUUUAAGGAAGAAAAGCUAUACUGUGGUGCUUUAAAAAUGGCAAAGUAUGCGGCAACCUCCAUAAUUAGCAAAGCGCAUUUAGAAGCGCUAGACACCAGCGGAGAGUUUCACGAUUGCCUUCCUUACCUGGGCACUUUUGAUGUAUCAGCUUUGAUCGUUAGACAAGUUUGGGAUGUAAUCGUAAACAAUAACAUCUCAGUAGAUGUGAGGGAUAUUGGCAACUUGGCCUCACAAGUUAGUAUUGAAACUAUCAGAGCGUCAAACCUGUCCGAUUUGGAUGUUGUUAACAGCAUUGGAAAACACUUGCAGCUUUGGGAAUUACUUGAUGAGACUGCUCAGCUUGUUCUCGAGGCAAACGAUCAUGAUUUGACCCCACUACUCGCAGGUAACAUGGGUCGAUUAUUGUGCGGAAGAGUGGUUUGGGACUUGAUGACCUCAAGCACUUUCCUGCAGGUCUACCCCGCGUUUUCAAGUGUCAUCACCAGAAGCUCUCGCUGCCCACCCUUGCAGUGCCUAAGGCAGGCAAUCGCAUUUGGUGCGAGGAAUGAUGUUUUUGGGGCUCUUGCAGACUGGGACGCGGAUCUUGUGUACCUCAUGGGAGGCGUCAUGGCAGGCUUGAAUCCACAGCAAAUGGAAGAGAUGACUGCUGGCAGCUUAAAAGGAUUACAUCAAAAGGCAGUGAUGUGCUUGUGUAUAGACUCUUUGAGGAGCUUAAAGGAAAAACAUUUGAGUCAACUCUCACUGGUAACCCUUGAAGCCAUCUUUUCAAACAGAUUUAUGGAAAUAUCCGAAAAACAGAGGGCAAUCGUUAAAAAAUUACUUGUUAGCUCCACAGCCCGUGCGUUGCUGUCAUCUGCUAAUAAAAUAUCAGUGGAACUGCACGGCGAUGAAAUGCGGCAAUCGGCGGGUGCUCUUAAAAUUCUAAAUAUUAAACUACUGCCGUUUCAAUUUGCUGCUCUUUUUGUUAAAUCAAUUUUCUUCAAGAGUAGUUUCUUCUGAGU